AUGGAUUUGCAACUAAUUUCUUCUACUAGUGAGGAUUGCACUAAAACAGUGGAAACGAAUGAUAAUGCAAUUUUAUACGGAAAACGUGAACAAUCUGCAGGAGAUUCAACAAUGAUAUUAAUGUCAAAAGAAGAGCAACCUCAUAUGAUGGCAUUUUUUGUUUGUGGAUUUUCUACGGUCGAUGAGGAUUUACCUAAGAAUAAAACAAUAAAAAAGUCAGCAUCUGCUGAUGAAAAUAGUUUGCGUGGGUUAUUCAGACCACUUCCUUCAAAAAGAAAGAAGACAAUACUCGAAUCAAAAUCGUAUGAUGAAAGGAGUGUUAUCAGCAGUCAGGAAACUGAAUCGGCCGAUGGAAUCGGAAUUAAGACUGAUUCGAAUAUACCUCCGGGUUUCUGGAUAAGUCCAACGAAUAACAAAUUGCCGAAAAAGCCAGAAUUAGGUGAUGGAGAUAGAAAUCGAAUUGAUAGAGAUGGAACAUUCAUAAAAUCGGAUGCUUCAUCCGGAAGCUUAAAAAAUAAUGAACGAUCAACAUCAGACGACAAAACUGAAGAUGGUGAAGAAAAUUUCGAGUAUAAUCAUAAUGGUCAUGUAGUGCCAGAACAGUUAGAACCAGAAGAAGAGAAAGAAAUUGAAGGUAAUUCGCAACAAGACUUAAACGGCUAUGAUGCAUCGGAACAACCAGGAUCGGGUGAUGGAAAUGAAAUUUUCGAAGGCAAUUCGAUGUGGGAUCGAAGUGAUAAAGUCCCAUCGGACAAUACGGAUGAAAGCGGUGAAAGCAAUUUAAAGAAAGAUUUAAAUGACCAUAACGCAUCCGAACGACCGGGAUCCAGCGAAAAAAGUGACGAGGAUGAUUGGUCCAACAUGCGCACGCCGCCACCCAGUUCACGAAAUCAUCCUUUUUUGGCUUACAUCACUUGGGCGCCAAAGUUGGAGAAAUCAACGAUACACCUCGUACGACGAUAG